UUACCUGGGCAAAGAUAGUGCCAUGACUUCAAUGCUGGUUUACAAAGGGAACUAUUAAGCAAUGAUUUUUGGACCCUGUGUACUCACAAAGGUCAAAAGGAAAGUAAGUUUCAAUAAAGCUUGCAUUUUUGGAAUUUGUCCCAAAGGAAAUAUUGGAUUUUGUUCUCAGACUACUCUUGGGGCAGGUUUUGUGCCUGUACUUCUUCCGUCGACUGUAUCACACAAGCUUGACAGCUGGGCUGCUCCAGGCUGCCGCUACCCAAUGGCUCCUGCGGUGUUGACUGGCCUCCUUCCUCUAUGUGUGUGUUUCCUGCUGGCACCUGGCUUUGCCCAGGCAGGCAAGCUGCUGGUCAUCCCCAUGGAUGGGAGCCACUGGUUUACCAUGCGGUCCGUUGUGGAGAAACUCAGCCACAGAGGGCAUGAGGUGGUCGUGGUCAGGCCAGAGGCAAGUUUGCGUGUGGGACAAUCAUCCAAUUAUACUGUAAAGACUUAUUCCACGUCUUACACUCUGGAGGAUCUGAAUGAUCAGUUCCGGAUUUUUGCUGACUCUCAGUGGAAAACUCGGGAUCAAAGUGUAUUUGCUCUGAUAAUGAAUCCAUCAAAUAAUGUUUUUAAAUACUUUUUUUCAAAUUGUAGGAAUUUGUUUAAUGACAAAAAAUUAGUAAAAUACAUAGAAGAUAGUUCUUUUGAUGCGGUGUUUCUAGACCCUUUUGACAUGUGUGGCUUUAUUGUAGCCAAAUAUUUUUCACUCCCAUCUGUGGUCUUCACCAGAGGAUUAUUUUGCCACUAUCUUGAAGAAGGUGCACAGUGCCCCAGCCCUCUUUCUUAUGUUCCGAGGUUUCUCUUAGGGUUCUCUGAUGCCAUGACCUUCAAGGAGAAAGUGCGGAAUCUCAUCUUCCACCUAGAGGAACAUUUACUUUGUGGCUAUUUCCUCAAAACUGGUUUAGAAGUUGCCUCUGAGAUUCUCCAGACAACUGUCACAGCAUACGACCUGGUCAGCCAACCAUCCAUUUGGUUGUUACGAACUGACUUUGUUUUGGACUAUCCAAGACCUGUGAUGCCCAACAUGAUCUUCAUUGGGGGCAUCAACUGCCACCCGGGAAAGCCAUUGUCACAGGUGAGUUACCUCUAGUUUUCCAUGCUCAGA